AACCAACUACAGAGCUGACCCUAAACUAAUAUUCAAUCCCAAGUUUUACCAGGAACAUUUUAAGAAAACUCCUCCUAAGUCCAGCAUUCAGAUUUCCUGUUCUUGAACCAGGACCUCCUUUAGCACCUAAUGCCAUGCUCCACACCUUCAAGCUGAUAAAGAAUUUGAUAUUGAAAAAUCUGCUUGACUGUAAAACUUAUGAUGAGUUCAAGAUGAUUACAUGGAUCCUUUUCGUUACAGCUCAUGACAAACAUCUCAUAGGGAAUAGAACAAGUUCGACAAUGGUUAGAGAUUCUCUAUGUGCUCUUAUGAAACGUAUUCCUCCCCUCACAACGGAUCAGAUAAUAGAUCUGGGUGUUCUACUCACGGUUAGGUUUAGACCAGUUCAUCUCUCAGUAUCUUCAAGAAACUGGAGAGUUGACAAUGUUCCAAACCACUUGAGACUGGAAGGUUUCAACCAUCCGUUGAACCUGUUGUACUCUUUAACCCUGAUCCCGCCGACCCAGCAGGGUCUCAAGGUCAGGGCCCUCAUGGGGUUCAUCACAGUACAGCUCAUGCUCGGGGUCAGAAACCUUGUUAUCUCAAAUGGCGUCCUACUUUCCCGGAUGUGGUUAUUGAUGAGCCUAAACCUUAACCAAUGGAUGGGUAUGCAGGCAAGCCACACCACCACCAGGGCCUUCAUCUGUAUGAUUGACUCCGUCCUCUAUAGUGUUGGGACGGGAUUGAAACCAGGUUCAGCCAAACAUCACGCUCUCAGGCAUUUUCUCGAACUCGUGGAUGGAUUUCGAAAGAGUUUACCAGAAGAAGAGUCUCGAACCCUAGAUCCUAUUCAGCUUCGAAAGAUCGUCCAAGAAAUAUGUAAUCGAUGGAGCUUCCUCGUUUUAGGAGAGGACAGUGUCCAGCUUGGAGGGGGAAAGGAAAUAUUGAAGAAACUGCCCCUAGAGGAUUAAAUCAGAAAUCCGGGGAAAGAUAUUUUGUAUUUUGAUUUGUGAAAAUUUAAACGGUACCUGAGAACAUUGACUUUUUAAAUGUGGUUAUCUUUGAUAUUUAAACAGUAUUUUUUCGACAGUUAGUUUCAUUUUAAAAAAAUGUUUCAGAAA